ACUUCACCACCUUCCACACUCCAACAAGCUUAGCUAGCCGUCCAGGGCAGCAGGCCAGCGAGGCUGAUCGAUUUGUCUUCCAAGCUCCAGGUAGCUGCGGGCUCGCGGAGGAUCCAUCGAGCUGAGCGCGUAGCUAGGCGACGACGACGGUGACCGGCCGCUCGAUGUCGUCGUCGAUGGACUGCGUGAGCUCGAAGGACGACAAGGAGACGACAGAUCCACCCAAGGCGCCGUGGUGGACGGGGGAGACGGUGGCGGUGGUGACGGGCGCGAACCGGGGCAUCGGGCACGCGCUCGCGGCGCGCCUGGCGGAGCAGGGCCUGACCGUGGUGCUCACGGCGCGGGACGAGGCGCGCGGGGAGGCCGCCGCGGCCGCGCUCCGGGCUAGCAUCAGGCCGGCCGGCCUCCGCGGCGGCGCCGUGGUGCGGUUCCGCAGGCUCGACGUCGCCGACCCGGCCUCCGUCGCCGCCUUCGCGUCGUGGGUGCGCGACGAGCUCGGCGGCCUCGACAUCCUGGUGAACAACGCGGCGGUGUCGUUCAACGAGGUCGACACCAACUCGGUGGGGCACGCCGAGACGGUGCUCCGGACCAACUUCUACGGGGCCAAGAUGCUCACCGAGGCGCUCCUGCCGCUGUUCCGGCGAGCGCCGGAGACCAGCCGCAUCCUCAACAUCAGCUCCCAGCUCGGCCUUCUGAAUAAGCUCAAGGACCCGUCGCUGCGGCGGAUGCUCCUGGACGAGGCGUCGCUGACGGAGCGCGACAUCGAGGGGAUGGCGUCGCGGUUCCUGGCGGAGGUCGGGGACGGCACCUGGCGCGGGCGCGGGUGGCCCGAGGUGUGGCCGGACUACGCGGUGUCCAAGCUGGCGCUCAACGCCUACUCCCGCCUGCUGGCGUCGCGCCUGACCGGGCACGGGGUGAGCGUCAACUGCUUCUGCCCCGGGUUCACGCGCACGGACAUGACCCGGGGCAUCGGCAAGCGCACCGCCGAGGAGGCCGGCCGCGUCGCCGCCGGGCUCGCGCUGCUGCACCCCCGCGACCUGCCCACGGGCAAGUUCUUCAAGUGGCGCACGCCGCAGCUCUACUCCAAGUUGUGACGCGGCCGGCCGGCCGGGCCGCUGCUGGGUCCUGACCUCCUGGGGGGUGGGGUGGCUUUGGCUGGCUGGCUGCACCGCACCGGCAUGCCCGCGUGCGCGCGGCGUGCAGGUCGUGGUGUGCGGUUUGUGACUUGGUUUGGGUGCACCGCAGGCGUGCAGCAUGCAUCGUGAUUUGCCUUUUACGCGUUGGUGACUGUGUACUUCUGAUUUUGGAAUGGUGGUGGUAGAGAAAUAUCAAAUAUGCCUUCUUUU